UCGCAGCAUGAAAGCAGUGGGAAACAGAAACACUAUGGCUGCCACUCUGUCUCUUACUCAGCUUUCCAGUGGAAAUCCUGUCUAUGACAAGUAUUACCGACAGGUGGAUCCCACUGGGAGCGGGCGGGUGGCUGCAGCAGAUGCAGCUCUUUUCCUGAAGCGGUCAGGCUUGGCUGACUUGAUCCUGGGAAAGAUCUGGGAUUUGGCAGACACUGAAAGAAAGGGUUCACUUAACAAACAGCAAUUCUUCAUAGCGUUGCGGUUGGUUGCUUGUGCUCAAAAUGGCCUGGAGGUGUCGCUUAAGAGUCUUAAUGUGGCUGUUCCUCCCCCCACAUUUAAUGAUACUAGUAGCCCGCUGUUGGCAGGAGUGGCUGCUGACACACCCUGGGUUGUCAAGCCAGAGGAGAAGAUGAAGUUCGACUCCAUUUUUGAGAGUCUGGGUCCAGUUGGAGGGAUGCUGUCGGGAGACAAGGUUAAACCCGUCCUGCUUAACUCCAAGUUGCCUGUGGACAUCCUGGGGAGGGUGUGGGAGCUCAGUGACCUCGACAGAGACGGCAUGUUGGAUAGAGAUGAAUUUUCUGUGGCAAUGUUUCUGGUUUAUAGAGCUCUAGAGGGCGAGUCCGUUCCCAUGUCCCUACCGCCUCCUUUAGUUCCACCCUCUAAGAGGAAAAAACCCGCGGUGGCUCCCGUGAUGCCCCUGUUACCCUCACCUCCCUCUGUGAAAGACAGUCGCUCCUCCCACGCCGGCUCGAAGACCCUUCCCCACCCUCCCAAACCUGCGCCAGCUCCUGCCCCAACUCCAGCAGCUGUCCCCUGGGUGGUGUCGGCGGCAGAGAAAACCAAAUAUGACGAACUGUUCAGCAAGACGGACGGCGACAUGGACGGCUUGGUGUCUGGAGCAGAAGUCAGAGAUAUUUUUCUCAAAACUGGGCUGCCGUCUGCCACGCUUGCACGCAUUUGGGAGCUCUGUGACAUUGGAGACAUGGGAAAGCUGACUCGUGAACAGUUUGCAUUGGCGCUUUAUCUGAUCAAUCUGAAGCUGACGAAGGGCCUGGACCCACCGCAGACCCUCUCUCUGGAAAUGAUCCCUCCAUCUGACAGACAAAAUAGCAAGCAGAACAAUGCAAACCUGGCAGCUGACUUCACUGCUAUUAAGGAGCUGGACACCCUCAGCAAUGAGAUUGUCGAGUUACAAAGAGAGAAAAGCUCAGUGGAAGAGGAAAUCAAGGAGAAGGAGGAGGCAAUCCGACAGCGCACAGAUGAAGUGCAGGACCUUCAAGAUGAAGUGGCGAAGGAGACAGAGGAGCUUCAGCGGCUGCAGUCUCAGCGUCAGAAGGUCCAGGAAGCUUUAGAUGAGCUUGAUCAACAGAAAACUACCUUGGAGGAGCAGCUCAGCCUCAUUCGACAGCAGACCAGCCAAGAGACCCAACUUAAAUGUCUGAGGUCCUGUGCAGCUUCAAAUACACUUCCGUCUUUCCAGAUCUCAUCACUGCAGUCGGAGCAUGAGGAGCAGGAACAGAAGAUCUGUCAGUACGAGGAGGAGCUGGUUCAGGCACGAGAGGAGCUUCUGGCUCUGCAGGAGGAGAGCCGACGGCUGCAGGAAAAGGUUCAAGCUGCUCAGGAGCAACUCACUCCUCUUCAGGAAUCUGUGCGGGACUCCUUCACUCAAGUUUCCCAGGUUCAGCAAAAAGUACAAGACCUUCGUGUGGAAGAGAGGUCAGUGACUGCACAGCUCAGCUGGAAGAGAGCCCUUGAGGACAGCUCACCGGUCAUGGUUAAUGGAUCAGCUGACUCCACGGCAGAGCUUGACCUCUUUAAUGAUGACCUGCCCAUGGAGCUGAAGGACGAUGAGCCAGCUGUGUUCAGCAAUCAGCAGAAAGAACAUUCAGAUGAAAAGGAAAGGGAAGGAGUCAAUGAGAAGGAAGGAGAGAAGGAGCAGAGUACAAAGGCUCCAGAGGAGGACAAGAGUAAACCCGAUGCUCUGGAUGAUCUCUUCUCCAGGCUAGCCUCCACUGAUAUGUACAGCAGUCUGUCGAACAUUUCUAAGACUCGAGAUAACCCAGUUGGGCAGGAAAACAACAGCUUUGCACCUGAUGUCUCUUCUGAGGUUUCCGAUGAUGAAGAAUCACUGAAAGAGACUCCACUGAAGGUCGACUCUCCAGAGCCAGAAAGCCAACAGGAGCCAGCGGAGUCUACAGAAACAACGCCCUCCCCGUUACCUCCGCAAGUCGGCCCUCGCUCCCUGCCGCCACAGACAAGCCCUCCCUCCCUGCCAGAAAUGGACUUCUUCCAUUCAGACCCUUUCACCGACCAUUACCCAUUUAAAGAAGAUCCCUUUGGAAAAGCAGAUGUUGCAGAUCCUUUUGGAGGAGAUCCAUUUAAAGGCUCAGACCCUUUUGCUGCAGACUCUUUCUUCACACUGCCCUCCAGCACCACUUUUCCCUCAAAAGACCCUUUUUCAGCCUCAGCAGACCCAUUUGGCACUACUCCUGGAAUACCAGAACCAGACCUCUUUGCAGCCAAGGCUAAGGAUGCAUCUGCACCACCAUCAGCAGCAACCCCAGAUCCCUUUGCCUCCAAUACCACCAAGCCACCCCCAGCAUCCAAGGAUCCUUUCAGCUCCACAGGGGACAACGUGUUGGAUCAAGACCCAUUUGGAAGCAAAAUGAACAAUGCUGGGGAGGUGGAUCCUUUUAGUUCACAAGAGGGAGGGUCAGAUCCAUUCAGCUCUUCUUCUACGAGCUCAGAUCUGGCAGUGAAGGACUCUGCACCAUCCAACGAUCCCUUUGCUCCAGGCGGUACUACAGUGAGCACCACCUCAGAUCCAGACCCGUUUGCUGCUGUGUUUGGAAAUGAGUCGUUUGGAGGAGGCUUUGCUGAUUUCAGUGCUUUGGCAAAGUCAAAUGGCCCUGACCAGUUUGGCAUCAACAACAAGAACCUGUUCCAGGAGGACAACCAAUCUGCCAACUCUGAUGUGCCCCCUGCCCUGCCCCCUAAAACGGGUACGCCAACUCGACCUCCUCCUCCACCUCCAGGUAAGAGAGUGUCAGUCUCUAGGACAGAGUCCUCCGACUCCUUCCAUCGACGAGGACAGUUCCUUCAGACCUCUGGAGACUUCUCCUCCUCUUCCUCCUCCUCCUCCUCGCUGCCUGCCAAGGAUCCUUUAGCCGACCCCUUCGCCCCCUCCUCCCCUCCAUGUCACAACAUGCGGGAAGCUGAUCGAUUUGCCAGCUUUGACAAAUAUCCAACCGAGGAAGACAUGAUAGAGUGGGCAAAGCGCGAGAGCGAGCGAGAGGAAAAGGAACGACUAGCAAGGCUCACCCAGCAGGAGCAAGAGGACCUGGAACUCGCCAUCGCUUUAAGCAAGUCUGAACUCUCUUGAAGAGGCUGCUCCCCUUAGCCGGGCUGGAAAUGCACAGCCUGACCUGGCCCAAAAAGCACCAAAGCAACAUGGGGGACAUGCACAGAGCUGAUGCAGCAGCUCCUGCUGACCCCUCUGCAGAGACUUCAAACUGAUCCUUAUAACAUUCAGCGCUCCUCUCUCCCCUUACGACUGCUCACUGUUCUUAUACCACAGUAAAAUGUUUUCCCAUACUGUUGGUCUCCACGGGUCUGACUAAAGGAGAAGAUCAAGAAACGUGGAAUAAAUCAAGGUGAAAUAUGAAUCUUGACAUUUAUCAGAUCUGGUUACAAACUCCACUUCUUCCGAAUGUAACCUAUUUACACAUGCACUCAAAACUAGACUAAAACAGUCCAUUUUCUGACGCUAACAACACUACUUUCACUUCAUUAAAUCUCAGCUUCCUUUGAGGAUUUGAGUUUAAUGUUCUUGUACUACAGUUUCCAGAAAUCCCCGACCUUUCCCUCUGCUCUUUAACAUCCUGCAACCGCAGUUAGCUGUGAAAAUAUGCGGUUUUCUGUAACAAGAUGUAGCGUCUGUAAGUCUUUAUUAUGCAGCUCUUUCAAACUGAGCGACCAUGUAUUGUCCUGGAGAUCUGUUGAGAUUUUUAAAGCAUUUUUACACCUUGAAGUCCUGUGAAAUGUAAACUGCAUGUAAAGAAACAAAAACACUUCCAUCAUAUUCGGCUUUUGCAGGAAGCGGCAUUUCUUAUUGGGUUUUUCACUUGGUUUUCUUUAAUGUUAGAAGGUAAGAGGUAAAAAUGCGUCCUUUGACUGAUGAUACUUUAAAUGGUAUUUAAAUUUCAGGAAACACUACUGUGAGGGUUGCUGAAUUUUAAAUGUUUUUAUAUAAUUGUAAUCUGACCUUAACUGAUUACUCAUAGUUUUCUAAAUGGAGGAAGGAUUUCAAAAAUAUGGCAUAACUUUACAGAUUUUUCCCCCCAUUCAAAUCUAGACACAAAACUGGAAGAUUUGGAUGCUAACACGUUUAAAUUUGACACAUUUCCGUGGUUGCUCAAUAAAACAAUCCCCCUAAAGGUAAGCUCUAAAAGCAUCCUCCCUAAAGAACUGUGUUUUGAUGAUCAAGUUUUUUUUAACAGUCUCAUAAAUCUCAUGUUCAUCUCACAUUUGAUCAUAAUUUAAAUCGCUGCUGUCGUUGGUGCUUAUUCUGUUGUUUUGUACACAUCCUGGAUGCUUUUCCUCUCAUAUUCCAUCAGUCGUUGCAUCUCAGUGGAUUUCAGAGUCUUUCAUGUCUUCAAAGUCAGCAGAUCUUUCUCUGACUGAAUAUUGUGUUGCAUUUUUCUGCCUCUGUGAGAGUUGAACUCACCAGCUCGUGCUGUGACGAUAAAAGCUGACGCUGCACUCCAUCCUCAUGCCUUAUCGUAGCCACACUAACAGCUACCUGAGCUUUUUUUGUAGUUUUCUCCCUGAGGAGGUACUUGUCACAUAUGUAUAAAAGUUGGAUUCUAAUGAGGGAAGACUCGGCUGAAGAACAGAACGCCUUCAUUUUGUUUUUUAUUUCACUUGUUCUGAUUAAAUGUAGCGCAGCAUUAUGGACGGCUCCUGUUAUUAUUUUACCAUGAAUCUUGUUUGUUUAACCCACCUUCUGUCUGUAAUUAAACUACUUAGUAAGUGCAGCAUCGUGUUGAAGUUUAUUGUACAUACAAGAUUUGCAUGUCUAUUCCCUGAGUCUGUUGUUAUUCAGUGUUCAUAGUUUCUCUUUUUUUUUUUUUUUUUAAAAGACCACCUUGAAGUCCAUCUUACUGUGCUUUGUACAGACAAACCCAUUUAUGCUUGUAGACUUACUCUUAAAGUCUUUUUAAAACUCAAACUGUAUUUUAUUUUGUAUUUUCUAACUUGUAAGAAAGAUCAUUAUUGGGAGGCUUAACCAGAAAAAAUUUGUAACAUUUAAUUGAACCUGAAUAAAUAUUAAAAUGUGUA